CGGUGCCGAGCCGCGGGAGCGCGCACGCACUCGGCAGCAACAGGAAAAGGAUUUUUGCUCGGUGGAGGGUGCGACAACAACAAACAGGAAAAUGAUUGGAAUCUUAUUUUGAGUGUUUCGUAGGAAUAAUAACACAGAGGACUUGACCCCUCUUCCUCCUCCUCCUCCCUGCUCUGGUCAGCGACAUAUCGCCGACCACCAACCGACCCACAGCCAGCCACCAGCCAUGUCGUGCCGCGACAUCCACGCCACCACCGCCUUCUCGUUCGUCCUCGCCAUGCUGUCGGUGGGCGGGCUGAUGGUGGCCACGCUGGUGCCCCAGUGGCGGACCACGCGCCUCCUCACCUUCAACCUCAACGCCCGCAACGUGACCGUCUACGACGGCCUGUGGACCAAGUGCGUGCGGCGCGACGGCAGCACGGGCUGCUACUACUACGACGCCGACUGGUGGGCGAAGGUGGACCAGCUGGACCUGCGGCUGCUGCAGUUCUGCCUGCCCGCCGGACUGGCGCUGGCGACGCUGGCGCUCCUGCUCAUCAUGCUGGGCAUGUGCAAGACGUGCUGCUGCACCUCCGGCGAGCCCGAGGACGUCAAGAACAGCCGCUGCCUGGUCAACAGCGUGGGCUGCCACCUGGUGGCCGGCUUCUUCCUGCUCCUGGGCGGCGGCGUGGCCAUGCCGCCGGCCGUCUGGUUCCUGUUCCACACGGACGAGCUCAACGCGCGCUACGACAACGUGUUCGCCGUGGACUUCGCCGUCUACGUGGCCAUCGGCAGCGCCGGCGGGCUGCUGCUGGCCGCGCUGCUCAUGUUCAUGUGGUACUGCAUGUGCAAGAAGCUGCCCUCGCCCUUCUGGCUGCCCUUCCCCGAGCCGCCCGUCAUGCCCACCAGCCUGUCGGCGCAGCCGCUCACCCUCCACGCCAACGGCAUGUCCCAGUCGCCGGGCGCCUACGGCCCCCAGCACUACCAGCCCGUCAUGGAGGUGCCCGCCUUCGCCGCUGCCCCGGGGUACCCCGCCAGUGUCGCUGGGCCGCCUGUGCCCCACGGCCAUGCCCAGCAGGUCUACGUGGCACAGAUGUCAGGCCCGGAUGGGUACGGGUCUGAGGUGGGUGUCUCCCAGGCGUACGGCUACGCGCCACAAGGUUACGCCCCGUCACAAAAUUACGCCCCGUCACAAAAUUACGCCCCUUCUCAAGGUUACGCCCCUUCUCAAGGUUACGCCCCCUCCCAGGGCUAUGCCCCUUCGCAGAGUUACGCCCCGUCGCAAGGCUACGGAGGAUCUCAGCGAUAUGCCAGCCAUCGCUACUCCACCCGCUCGCGCCUGUCUGGGAUCGAGAUUGACAUUCCUGUCCUCACAGAGUGACACUAAAAUAAUUUUUACUGUGUUCAAAUCAAUUUCAGUUUUAGCUUUUUGUUUGGUUUAUUUGUUUUAGUUUCUUUUCUUUUCUUUUCUUUUUUUUAAUGUGCCUGACCAAGCAAGCCUUGUUCUUGGUAGUUUUGAGCAGGCAGUGCCAUGCCAGUAAUACUGAAAGACUGUAGGGAUAGGGAGGGACAGUCCCAAUGUAUUUUUGUUUUGUUUUGCUUAUUUUCUUCUUGUAGGAAACUCCAAGGUGUAGUGGAAGGAAAUUGUGAAGACAUUUUGUCUCGAAAGGAUCUCUGAUCUGUGAAUUGUAAAUAGUAAAAUCUAAGACUUUAACACAAAAACAAACACAAAUCUAACCGAAUUAAUGAAUAUUGUGCUUCUACUGAUUGAUGCUUGCACUUCAGCUAAUUGUGUGUUAUCAUUUGAUAAUGAAACAGCUGGCUGUUGGAACAGGAGAACUCAUUUAUACUGUUCAGUUCUACUGUAUUGUUCUGUAUUCCCUUGCCUGCCUAUGGCAUCAUUUAGUUAAGCCACACUGAGGACACUAUACGUCCAUUCAUGCUGUCCAGAGUCACUAUUUCUGGGUGUCAACUGUUCAGUGUUAGCUGCUAAGGAACAAAACUAGAUGGUCUUCUCUGAGGGGAAUGAUCAUUUGUUGGACGAAUGAAGUGCCACUAUUUUAAGACCAUGUAAGAUCUCCUCUGUGUGUUGUUUUUACAAAUCACCUUUCAGGGAGUCUCUAUGGGGCUUAACUGCGUAACAGAUAGUGCUUUUUUUAUUCGUUUUGUCACACGUACAGGAUAAAAUGUCUUGCUCUAGGUUAAGAGGCCACUUAGACAGCUCUCAGCUGUGGAAUAAUGACGCCAUUUUAGUCACGUCAGUGCUGGCAUUCUCUGUGACUUGACUUUUCGCUUCUGUCCACGUGCAGGGUGACCCACGUAAUGUAAGCAGUCUGGUCACCAUGACCCGGUCCUUUCUCGUCAUUCCAGCCCCACUUGGGUCACUACUACCAUGUGUCAGUCAACCUAAGAACACUAGGUACGCUGACUCCUUACAGAGGAUACUAGUUAACGCUAACUCACUUACUCAACGUACGUAAGUAACAGUGAGACUAACAGUAACACUAAGUAACACUGUGCGGUGCACAAUGAAUUUCAGAAGUAUGAGAUCUGCCUGAUGACAUGGGAAUAUUGUAAUAAUAUUCUCAAUUGGUGUUAAAAUUGUCAUUUUAACCAGCCUCAGCAGCUCUGAGCAUAGCAUACAUAAUUUGUUUAUAUCUGCUAAAGAUGAGACAAGUUUAAUGUUUAUCAUUUUUUAAAUGUACUGUUUAGUUUUUAGAUUUUGUACUAACCUCAAUUCACUACAUGCACUGUAUGUUUUAUUUGCCAUUGUAAUGGUUGACUUGCACACUGUUGUCUGACACUAAAUUAAUCAUGGCUAACUCCUAAAAAUGAGCUGAGGCUGCCUGUUUAGUUAUGUAGUUGCCUACAUUGCUAGUUAUCAGUGAUAUAUUUUUUAUAUUGAAGGGUUGAGUUUUUAAGAUGGCACUGUCAAAACAGUUUAAACACACACACACACACACACUCUCUCUGAGUUAUUUCACACAUAUCCUUGCUCGCUGAGAGCAAGUCUUAGAUUUUUAAUUGAAAUGCCCAAACAACGGGCAUGAGCCUAAGACAGUUACGGAGUGCCUGUGUCCACAGCACCUGCCGAAUGCUCUGAAAUGCUAAUGCAGUCCUUGGUGGGUCACUAAUGAGCUCGGCCUAAUUUGGAAUCCGAUGCACCGCCGAUGUCUCCAAAGGCUGCAUCCUAAUUUAGUGUUUAGUGCACCGCUAAUUAUGUCUGGUAUUGAUGCAGCUUCAUUUACUAUUAACCAUUCAGGGAACAGGUAGCUGCUGCGAGUGGGUCGUGUGUGUGUGUGUGUGUGUGUGAGAGCAGAGAGCUUGUGGGGGUGGUUAGGUUGGUGGUGCUUCAGCACCCCUGUCUGUGGUGAUGGUGAAUGAGGAUGGCAAGGUGCCAGAGGUGACGUGGGCACCGUCACACAGCCCCUAACACAAGCGUCUACAUCGAGGUGUAUCCCUCAGUGAAGGUGAUCUGUUUCAAUUUGCAGCCACUGCGGGGAAGAUCUGUAUGGACACUCGUACUGUAUGAUGUUGAGUUGUCUCUGUGUGUUAACUCUAUUUCAGCUGUUAGACGUCAUGUUGUCGGCAUUAGAUUCAACUUCAAACACAUGCAGAGAAAUCCAUGUUCAUGAUUGAACUCUUGCUUGCAUGUCUUACUCGUGAUAUAAAUGGGACUUAAUGGUGAUCAAUCCACUUUUUAUACUCUGUAUGAAAGUCUGUUACAAAUUGCAUUUGUUAUAUGUGAUAUUGUACUACAAUAUCUGCUAUACAUGACAUUUUUGAGGAGAAAUCAUGGGCUAAUAUGCUUUCAUAAUGGCAAUCAUGAAGUCUUUUUUCUCAUCAUUUUCUGUAGUCUGUUCUUUUGUAUGUGUACCUUUUGAUGUUACAUGAUGUUUUGUAUCUGUAAGAUGCCAAUAUUCACAAUGACCUUAUUUCCAAUAAAAAUCUAAAUUACUGUAA